AUGGAGUCAAUUUGUAUUCUGGGGGCCAAUUCCUUUCUGGGACAACACCUGUAUCCUCAGAUCGUGGGAUCAUGCUCUAGACUGAACCUGUGGACGUUCGGAGAAAAGUUUCAGCAUCGAUUGGAAGGUAAGUUUUAUCAUUUUAGGUUUAAUUCGUUAAAUUAGGCAGUUUACCGACAUUAUAGUUAGACUCUGAGGAUAAGAAUUAGUAGGUAUUCCGACAUUCAUUUUUUUUUAAAUUAGAUACCUAAACCAAAACUAAGUUAGUCAACUUGUAAUCGUGUUUUAGUUAAUCGAAACUCUGAACCUGAUCAUGUCAGUUUCUACUAUGGAGUAGAAACCUUGGGGCAGGCCAUAGCUGGCUGUGAUGUUGUUUACAAUCUACAUGAAUUCAUCGACUUUUCGAACAAACCUGAUGAGCGCAACCUUUACGAACAUAAUGUCAAAUGUAAGUUUAGAGUUCGGAAAAAUGUUUACCGUAAUUCAUAACAUUGGUGCUAUGGGAUUACGGGCAAUGCUCAUUUUUAGGUAAUAAUUAGAUUUUGUCAAUUAUUUUUGACUGAUUUAGAUAACCAAAAAAAUAAGCUAAAUUAAAAAGGGGUUAGAUUUAGGUAACAACAUAUAUUUUUUGAAAACUGUUACCUAAAUUACCAAAUAUUCUGUUUUUAAUGUGCUUCACUACAUUUAAAAUGUAUAAUAUUGUAGUUAACAACUUGCUUUUCAGUUGUCAAAGACGUAAUCAACGUUUCCAAAGCGAAUGGAGUGAAGCUGAUCGUCCAUCAAUCUUCCAGCUUUGUCCAAUGUUCUGGACGUUGGCCGAACGUUGGAAAUAGAGAAAAAUGUGCCAAGAAUAUGCCGGACAACCCGUACCCAUCGUACUCCAGAACGAAGACCAGUGCGGAAGAAUUGUUACAAAGUUGCAUUGGCAUCAAGACCUUGGCCGCUCGAAUUGGCUACGUCUAUGGAGAAGGUGAUGAACAAGGUAUCAUUUGUGACUACAUCAGAAUGAGGGAGAAAUUGGGCUGUAAUGUUGUGAUCGGCGACAAACUGGGAGCUGUUCAGGUAAUCCUUGCAUUUAAAAAUCUUUUUCUUCAUUCUACUGUAAAGUGGUAAACCAACUUAAGCUUAUAACUUCAAAUCUAAUGGCAGUUACAACAAAUUAAGUAACACUUUAUGUUAUUAGACAGCUUAAAGAAUUAUAAAAAACCUUUUUUAGAUGACUUACAUUGGUAAUGUUGCUGCCGCACUGAUCGAAUGUACUAGAAAGAUGCUGGCUGAAGAUGUGACGCAUGAGCAAGUAAACAUCACUGAUGAUACGCCUAUCAACAGUUUGUACGACGGUCUACUGGAACAGAUCUUCCCAGAGGAUCGUACUAACUACAAUAUUCCAUUCUGGUUGUUCUAUCCUCUCUUUACAUUGAUUGCCUUCGUUCUUCGGUUCCUGAACACCAAAUACGACGUAAGCCUAAAGUUAUACAUUAGGUGUAAGGUAGAGGGAAGUAAAUGAUGCAUCAAUUAAUAUAGGGUGUCCUUAUUGGAUGCAUGUUGCUUUAUAUAUCGCAACUAAACGUUAACCGAAAUCUUGCAGAUACCAGGCACUGGUCAUGUCUACAUGCUCUUCAGACAAUGGACAUUGCUGAGUAACUACAGACUCCGCCUUUUCUUUGAAUGUAAACCAACUUACAGUUACACAACGUCUCUCCAACGAUCUACCGAAUACUACAGGACUCUCAAUGUGGCCAAUCUCAAAUCAUGUUCGUGGAAGGUCAAUCCUUUAUAGUCGUUUUCUCAAUUUCCUAUCACUUUUACAAUUUUUUAUCAUUUCAUGAUUUUACAUUUUUUAGCUAAUUUUAAAUAAAUUUUUGAUAACUAUAAAACUAGCCAUAAUAAUACAUCAACUAUAACGUUGAUAGUCAUGUGAUGUCUAUGUUUUGCGGAUUCUUCGCUACAAAAAUUGCAUUUUUAAGCGAUAAAUUUAUAACUUAGGUCCUGCCACGGCUAAUGUGAAUGCAAAUCUUUUUGGCCAUCUGAUGCACGCAGAAAUAAUAAAACAAAAAUGCUAAUUUUGGCAAAAAUAAUUUAUUAGUAUAUUUUCAAACAGAUGUCUAAUUAAACAAUGGAUAAACCUCCUAGUCGUUCUUUCACAGAUCUCAUAAACUCAUUAUCACCUGAUGUUAAGGAUGUUCUACUUUCCAGGAUACUAUUUAUGUAUAAAGAUGCUCGGAGGAUGAACAAUAACAUAGUUCAAGCAGACGGAAAGGUAGUUUUCUAUCGUUUUUGUAAAUAAAUGUCUUUAGGAAAAAACGUUUGAUGUUGAACUUGGGAAAGAAUUGUUUGCCAGGCUGAGUAACUGUAAUAUCAAUGAAGUACACAAUGAGUUUGCACUGGACGGGUUCGACAUUGUGUCAGCUGGCUGUCACUAUUUAAUGACUGUAGAUCUCAACAGUAUUGAAGAUACCGUGCUUAACUUUGCCAGUAUUGCCAAGCAGUUUUAUGUAUCUUUAAAUGAUCUUAUCGAUUUCGUAAUAUUUGUGUCUUCUACUACGAACUGUAAUGAUCUUACUGUGCACAAUCUUUAUUUGGUAUGUAUUGGUAAAUUUACAAAUUUUUUAAAAUUGUUAUUAUUGUUUUAGGGAUUACUUGUUUAUGAAUUGAGAUUAUAAGUAACUUUUUGUAAUUUAAUUUUGCAGGAGCAUUUAUGGGACCCACAACGAGUAUUAUUGUUUUGUACUUUUACUUAUCUAACUAUACACAGACCUCAAAUCUUGAAAUCUCUGGAGAAUUCUAAUUUAAACUCAGAAUUUGAUAAGCUGUACAAGCCAUCCUUAACAUCGACAUUGUUUGAUUGCUUGGCUGGACUGGAAGAAGUUGAAAAUAUUAUGAAUACAGUCGAUAUGGAGCAUUUUAAAUUGCAGUAAGUUUACGUAAAAGUUUAUUUAUUUGUUUAGAACUGAAGACGAGAUGAUUCUUGAACUUUCUGAUCUACUCAAUGAACUGAACGUUAACAGAAACGAUUUUCUGGGGAACACGAGUUCUCUGAUUCAGGAGAUGGAGAAGGUUUCUGUAUCGGAUUAUGAGUUGCAUAACAUACCAGAGCUGGAUUUGGUUGGGGAUAAUGUAAGCUAUUUGUUUAUUAUGGAUAAAUUAAGGUUAUUUGAUAUUCUGUAGCUAUACACCUCACUCAGAAAGUUUGAGUAUUGACAAAAGACUUUUUUAAGGAAGCUGUCAACAUGGAAUUGUUUCAAAAAAUGGCAGAAUAUAAGCUGUGUGACCACAUUUCGUUGGAUUACGAGAAGAAGAUGAACAUCAGUCGACAAGAGAAGCUUUGGGUUGAGAUGGACGGUCGAUUUCACGAAGGUUACUUACACUCUUGGCUGCACGAUGAGGAGGAGAAUCGAAUAACCCACGUGAAGCUUCAGCUGAAAGCGCGCACCAAACGUUUCAUUCGAGAAGUUGAUGCAUCCAAAGUGGCUAGGGCUGCUCCAAUUGGUGCCAUGUGUAAUGCUGGUACUCGUGUCUUGGCCAAGUACAAGCAGGGAGAUGAACAGAAGUGGAAAUGGGGAACGUUGGGGACAUUUCCAAUCAAAGAGUACAGAUUUCAUUACCUCGUCUUCUUUGAUGAUGGCACGGUGAAGUUUACUAGGCCUAAGAAUCUGUAUCUGUGUGUAAUUCAACCCAAGAAUCCAGAUACGAACAUGUUCAGUGCUUUCUAUGCUCACAAGUAUGUCAAAACCAUCAGGGGGACUUUCUUGAAGAGUUACUUCAGUCUGUAUCCCAAUUGGCCGUUGAUGAGUGUUCAGGUGGACACUACUGUAAGUUCGUCAUGUUUUUGUUAAUUUUUGAUCUUAUUAACUUGCAAGGAAAUGUUACAAAAUGCCUACCACCGAUUGAAAAACCACUUAAUACUAUGUUAAAUUUGAAAUUGAUAAAACUAUGAAUUCAGAUGCUGGUUAACAGAGAAGUGGGAAAGAAGAAAAGUGCAGUAAAGGCUUGUGUCAUUCAGAAGGACAGGUGCUUGUUGUUGGUCAGAUUCUUAACAGAAUUCGAUGAAUACAGUGAUUGUAAGGAUUAUCCAUGUACUGAACACUCGCACGAAGAUGAGUGGAUCUUUGCUGGAGAUACGUUGAAGAUACCUACAUUAAAGAAUAUUCUAUCGGUAAAAUAUAUUAUGUUACAGUAUUUUUUAAAUUUUUUUGGUAUGUAUUGCUCUAAAUUAAAAAAUUAUGAUAAUAAUUUGAUAUUAUCACAAUAAUUAAGCGUUGACAGUUUGGCAUAAAACAUAUAUAUUUUUAGAAACUGGACACAGCGACAGACAUAUCUACAUAUCCUGAGAAAAUACGAGCGUACGUCGAGAUGUUGUACCCAAAGUACGAAGUAGAGGAGGCUCGAGAAAUAUCAGUAGAUACAGCUGUCGUCAAGACCAAGAACACUGCCAGAAAGCGAGGUAACCGCAAAGGAAUGGAGUUUUUCGACUUCUUCAACAACGCUCAACACCAUCAGGUUACUGUAACUGAACCUAACGAACAAGGUGACCAACAAGCUGCGGACAAUCUGAUACCAGAGCAUUUAGAGUAUCCCAAUUGGGAUCAUUUGACCAAGAAAUCGCAUUUCAAGUGUUCUGCGAUGUGUGUGGACCAAAUCAAGAAGUGUCAUCUUAUUGGAAAGUCACAGUACAAGGACAUUCCACUCUUCUUCAGACCUUUCCUUUUUGGAUUCAAACGAUCUUCUGUUACCUACUUUGACAUCGACAGAUACGACGACCAAGAUAGAACAGACGCAAUAGAAUCAUCUUUUGUGUACGAAUCACCGUGUGGAAGAUUAUUACGAUCGUUGGAUGAAGUAGCUUAUUACCUUCACUUGACUCGAUGUGAAUAUGUCUCAGUAGAUCAGUUCACAUUCCGGAGCUGGGACAGACCUAACUUCAUAUACAGGUCCGAUCCCAAGUAUGUUGUGGACAGGGACUUUGCACACUGUAAGGAGGCUGUAUCAAUACCCACGGUAAACGCGGUAAACGAUGAAGGGUCUCCGAUGGUAGGUCAUUGAAUUUGUAACAUAAAUGAAACUAAUGAUUGCUUGAUGUUAUAUGUCAAUAUGACAAUUUCUAAUAUUCUAAUACAGUAAUUUAUUGUAGAUGUUGUACCAAAGCAGCCGAUGCAUUGACGGUCCAUUGCUAGAUACUCAAAUGGAAUUCACCUCAUGUUGUUCUUGUACAGGUAAUCUUUUAUUAAAGUCUUGUGAAUAGAAAAAACUAAAGCUUACUAUUAAUGUUUGAAAGAGUUAUAAAACGAUCUAAUGUUUAGAUGAUUGUCUGGACACUGAAAAGUGUGAAUGUCAACAGUUAACCAAACAAACUCAUCAGCGAUUGGAUGAGAAGAUCAGAGCUGACAUUUCUGAUGAUGGAUACAAGUUCAAACGACUGGAAAGAAAGUUGUUCUCAGGCAUAUACGAGUGCAACAUCAUGUGUUCGUGUUCCAGAAACUGCUUGAAUCGUGUUGUUCAAAGAGAAGUGUGUAUUUCUAUGCAGGUAAGCGACUGUAAAUAGUUCUAGCUUAAUGUAUUGUUUUUUAAUUGCACUUUGGUUUUUAGUCUGAUUAGAUUUAAUAAUUGCUUUUGGUCAAUUGGUAUUCUAUGGACUAUUAUAUUUUUAGUUGUUCAAAACAGCCAAGAAGGGAUGGGGUGUCAAAACUCUGGUGGACAUCCCUCAAGGACAGUUCGUAUGCACAUAUUCAGGUCAAAUGUUCACCGAUGUAAAGGCAGAUGAACACGUUCGAAAAGGGCAAGGGAGCGACAUGUACUUUGCAGAUGUAGAUCUGUUUGACUCGGUGGAAGGCAUGAAAAGGAACCUGAACAUCUGCAAUACAGACGAUGAAGGUGUUGAUAUGGGAGAAAAGAAGACAAGAAAGAAGAAGCGAAGGAAGAGCAAGUGGACUCAUCACAAGAAGGCGAAGGAACCAGAGGUACCAGAGAUAACAGAGAAGAGCCUACUACACCAUCUGUUCGGAGACUCGAGGUUGUUUGUUGUAGAUGCACAAGAAAGAGGGAAUCUAGGAAGGUUCUUCAACCAUUCUUGUGAUCCCAACUUGGAGGUUCAGAUGGUAUUCACCGACACACACGACAUCAGGCUACCGAUGAUAGCAUUCUUCACAUCGUGCGAUGUCGAGGCAGGAACGGUAAGUUGUUAUAAACUGUUUUUUUUUAUGUAGAAACGGUUUUCAUUGGUGAUUUUACUUUUGAUUGCUCUUUGAAUUUAUUAUAAUUGUGUAAUUUCAGUUAGGUUAUAACAUGUACAUAACUAUUUGUUACUUAUUAUCUUAAACUUCGAUUUAAACUAUUUUUUAGGAACUUUGCUGGAACUAUGGCUAUGUUCCAGGUUCAGUACCCGGUAAAGUCAUCGAAUGCUCAUGUGGGAGUGCUAUCUGUGUUGGACGGAUAUUGUAACAUAUUUUAAUAUUGUAUAUAUUGUUGCAAAUAAAUUUUGUUAAUUGUAUUGUUAUUAAAUUGAUCUCUAACGUAGAUAAUGUACUUUGUUUUAGAAACCGUUUUUUAUAUAAAGCUUUUUGUAAAUUCACAACAACAGUAUUAAAAACAAUAAGUAAACAUAACAUAGAAGUAUAUUUAAAAAAGAAAAUUACCAACUGUUGUAUAGAAAGCCCUAAAAUUACAGUUUUUUGUCUUUAUUUCGCAGCCUGCACUUCAACCACGCACUUCGCGCCCGAAAUCUGCUUUGACAAUUUUUGGUUUUGCAUAAAAAUCGUACCUAGUCUCUUUCCCAUAUACGAGUAUGAGGUUACUCUCUAUAUUUGUGAUAUUCUCUUUAUUUUUACACUUAAAUGCAAAUGUGUUUAGUUGUGGAGGUUUUGUUCGUUCACCAGCUCCAUCCAUUCUUCAGAAAGUGAAGGUAAUUUACAUAAAACAAUAUUCAUACAAUCUUUAGGUUCAAUUCUUGUCUGAUGAAGGCCACUUAAAACAUGAGACAGCAUGCAAUCCGACAAACGGGUACUACGUGAUUCCAGUAUACAGUAAAGGGACCUACAAGAUUCGGGUUUCAAGUUUGGACGGCUACAUUUUCAGUAAGUAUACCAAUUCUACAAUGAUCAGUGCACAACUAUUUGAGUCUUUUGGGUUUUAUGAUUACUUUUCAAACAAUUCGAUCUGAAUUAAUGUUAAUUUCAGGUCCUUCUGAGAAGGUUGUGAAUGUGAACGACGAUAACAACGAUUGUGCCUCCGGUAACGACAUCAACUUCCAACUCUCUGGCUUCCAGGUGUCUGGAAGGAUUGUUAGCGGAUCGACUAACAGUAACCAGAAACUACAAUUGGGAUUGUUCACUGAAAACGGCGAACAAGUAGCUGUGACAACCACUGAUUCUAACGGAAUAUACAAGUUCGAAGCUGCCCCAGGCAGUUAUGUAGUGUCUACAGUUGAAGCUGCUGAUCAAUGUAUUGAGAGAGGCUCUGCGUCAGUUAAAGUCGUUGAUAAGCCAGUUGUGAUUGGCACUGACUUGAAGAUUUCUGGUCAAAACUUGGAUGUUAUUGUGAAGUCGAGUAGUGGUGAAGUUAUUCGUGGGGCUGAAGUUACACUACUGUCUGCUACUGAGAUUCCUGUGAGUUUUUAUAUAGAAUAUAUAUUUUGUUUUUAGGUUUGUUAUUUGAUAUUAAUUACGUUGAUUUGUUGAAAGGGAGCUAAAAUAUUUUAGUUUGAUCGCCAAGUAAACGUUCAAAAGCCAUCGAUAACAAAGCAAGAUAAUAAGCAUGCUUACACUUUGAGGACACAAGAACACGGAGACGUUACCUUUUCUUGUUUGCCUUCUGCCUCUUACAAGUUGAAGGUUUCCUGGAGAUCAGCUGAAACUUCUUUGGCAUUUGAACCUUCAGAAAGGUUAAUUAUUAUUGACUCUAAGCCCGAGGAUGUAAGUUUUAUGUUAAAGUAGGAGUUAAAGAUGCAGUAGACAAUUAAAAGAAAAAACUUUUCAGAUAACAUUCAAAUCGACUGGUUUUGUCACAAAAGGACAUUUGAACGAGAAAUUGGCAGAUGUUAAGAUCUUGGUCAAGAAACAAGGUGGGAACUAUGAAGUAGCAGGAAAGAGUGACAAAGAUGGUCAGUUUUCUGUAUCUGGACUGAAGGAAGGAAUCUAUGUCGUGACAGCUCAAAAAGACAGAUUCGAGUUUGACGAGAAACACGUUACUGUUGGCCUGAAAGGAGAAGGUAUUGGAGAGAUCUUUUUGCACAGGUGCGGUGUUCAUAUCAGUGUGAUAUUGUUUUAGUUUAUUAUUGUUUAGAUAUUUAAUGUUGACAUAUCAAGAGUUUGUUUGACAUGUUUUUUUUAGACUUGAAGUAUGCGGAAGAAUUGUGUUUGACAACGAUAAAAGUUUAGAGGGAGCUUACAAUGUUAAGAUUGAAGAUUCUAAGAAUAGUGUUGAUGUUGUGAAGGUUGACAGCAACGGAAAAUGGUGUGCUUAUCUUGCUAAAGGCAGGUAUACUGUCGUGGUAAGUGAAUUACAAUUAAUUUUGCAUUAAAUGUUGUUUACAAAAAUGAGAAUUUUUAUAAUGUAUAUAUUAAUAUCAACUUAUCCUUUCAGCCAGGCUUUUCUACCCCAACUGUUCAUCCAAAGUCGCUAAUCCUGGAAGUAAAAUCGCUACCAGUCGAUAAUCUUGUCUUCACUGAAUUCAAAGCAAAGAUUUCUGGCUCUUUACAAUGUUUGGACGAUUGUACUGGAUUGACCUUAGAUCUUGGGCGUCGUGGCAGUGUGAUCAGUCGCCACGAAGUGUCAGGAAAAGAUUUUGUAUUUGAAGAUAUUACACCUGGAGAAUAUGAAUGUAUGUUUGCUUUUUCUUUUUUAGUUUUUUUUGAAAACAAUUUUUUAAUUGAAAAAUUGAUCCAAAUUCUUUUUUAUUUAUUUCUUCAUAACAUACUUUAGUGUCACUGAACGACAAGAACGACAGAUGCUGGGAGCAGGCUGUGUAUUACGUCAGGGUUGAGUCCAAGAAUGUUCAAGACAUUGUGAUAAGACAAACUGGGUACCAUGCUAUUGUGGAAUCGCAGAAAGCUGCGUCUUUGGUGGGUGACUAAUAUUUUUGAUAAAGUUGAUAUAUUAUUGUUCUAGGUGUAAUAGGCUUAUUGAAUCAUAAUAGGUUUGUUAGACUAAAUGAAAAAAUACUUUAAAUUUACAUUUAGAAGUGGGAAGGUGCAUCUGGAGCUCACGGUGUUGUUGAUGUUCACAGUGGAUCUUCAAAGUUUUGUAUUCCUCAAAAGGGUGUAUACAGCAUUACUGUAGAUUCUUGUUACGGUUUCGAAGAAGGUUUGAAAUUCUCUAAAGAACUGCCAAAGGACGUUAUCAAUUUGAAAGUAAAACAUUCUCGAGUUGGAGUUAUUGUCACUUCUGAUCACAGCGUUGACUUGAGUGACACUGCUUUGGUUGUUAGGUGAGCUAUGGUUACAAAAUUUUAAAGCUUUUGUUUUAUUUGUGCAAAGAUAUGAGAGUUUUGAAAUUUGUAUAAUGUUUUAGGACCCCAUAUGGAGAUGAAACGAUUAAAGCGACGAAAACAGAGAAGAACACUGCCAGUUUCCAAUUCAAUGUAAAGCAAGAGAACGUUCGUGCUGAUGUCGAGCUAGUUCCAAGCUCUAAGAAAUUAUUGUUUACUCCAAGCCGACAUUCGUUCACUUUCGAUGGCAAUUGCAAUGAUGAUUUAGUUGUGUUUAAGGCUGUUCAGGGAAAGUAUGUUGAAGGGGUUGUGGAGCCAGCUUUAAAAGCUAUUGAAGUCACUAUUGUUAACAAAAAUAAUGGAGAAAAGUUGAACGGCAAGACUGAUACUUCUGGAAAUUUCAAGUAAGUUCUCAAUUAUUGUUGUUAUAUUAUAAAAAACUUUGUUAUAACAGUUUACAACCUAAAUUUAUUCACAAGUUAUGCAUAAAUAGCGUCUAAAUGCCGUUGUUUUAUAAUAUCAAUUUAGGAUUGGAUUAGUGUUUGAUCCUGCGGAAUAUGAAGUCACGUUGGAGUUGGAAGGAUAUAAAUUCACGUCAUCUGGCAACAACAAGUUCAGGUCUACUAAAUUGUCAAAACUUGUUGUUUUCUAUGUUGAUGAAAAGACCAAAGAACCCCUUGGGGAAGUUUUGGUAUCUGUUAGUGGAGGCGUCGACUAUAGAAACAAUGUUGUUGUAGAUGAAACUGGAAGAAAGAGCUUUGUUGGAUUGGUAAGUAGUAAUUGCAACUUGAUUAAUUAAUUGUGUUAACAGUUUUUUGCUCAACUAACAAGGAAAGUACCCAACCUGCAACUCUCAGAAUUAGCUCAAAAUUUUUACAUUGAUUCUUUGUAGUACCACUAGCACAUAUAAAAAAUUUUAGCUUGCGGUUUUAAGUUUUAAAAUUAAUAUAUUUAAAUUUCCCGCCAAUUUGGCAACUUUGGCAUUGUGUUGCAAGCACUUUUUUGAUGUUCUAGAUAGAUAGGCUUACAAAUUUAAAAUUGUAGGUUCAUUUGAAGCUUUUCUAACAUUAUAUUAAAGAAAAUUUGUCAAAAGUCAAAAAAUGACAAAGUUAAAAGCUUGAAACACUGUGCCAAUUUGGCGGGAAAUUCAAAACGCGAUUUUUCGAUCUCAAUUUUCUCAACAGUGACCGCAAACCGCAAUUUAGAAUUUUGCAUAAGAUCUUACACUUACAUGAUCUUUUAAUAAAAAAAUAUGAACGAAAUCUAAGCGUUGCAGGUCGGGUACCUUCCUUGUAAAUUAGAUAUUAAAGUUUAAUAUCUGUGAUUAUUUUAGCCUGCUGGAGAUUACUUUAUCACAUCAUUUUUGCGUGAAUAUCAGUUCAACCAAGACCAAACCUCUGUAUCCAUCAAAGAAGGCGAAACUGUCGAGAAGAUUAUUUUGGGAAAACGAUAUGCUUACAGGUAAGGUAACUGGAUUUGCUAUCUUAUAUUUUAUUUUAUGUAAACCGUUUUUAUUUCACUAAAACUAUAUUUUAGCGCGUUUGGAAGUGUAUCUGCAGCCGGAGGACUAGCCUUAGAGAAUGUAAAACUAGAAGCAUUGUCCGAGUCUUGUGGAAACUUACUAGAAGAAGAUAUUACUGACAGAGAAGGAAAGUUCAGGGUUAGAGGGUUGAAGCCGGGAUGCGACUACAAACUGGUAGCUAAAUCAAGGAAGGGACAGCCAGUCAGAGCCAUUCCACCUUUCAUUAAACUCAAGACGAAGCCAGAAGACAUAAGAGGCCUUGAGUUCGUGGUGAUGGUGGCGGCUCCGCAGAAUCAGAUUCUCGGCUUUGUUCAAUUUGAAGGACUCCAACGCCUAAAGAGUCUGAUUGUUGAUCUAUACGAAGAUGGGAAGAAGAUCGCUUCUGACAAUCUCGGUGCUACGAAUAAUUUGUUUGUUUUCACCGGGCUAAUGGCACCAGGAAAGGAGUACCAGGUGAAAGUGUCCGAGAAACAACUCAAGAACUUGAACGCGGUUUCUAGUCCAGUCGUGUUUUCGGCGCCGCAAAGCAGUGGCAUAGAUGAGGUAAAACAAGUCGCUAUUGUGGUCAAGACUUUGUUCAAGAAAACCGAGAUUGAAACUUCAAAAUCAAAUGUCAUCGGGGUCAUUUUUGUGAUCCUGGUUACUUUUGUGUGCAUGAACUUGAACAAUGUAAGCCUGUUAAAUCUUUUGUUGUUGCUGUCUUUAUUUCAAAUGUUUAUUGAUUAUUAUUUCAGAGCAAGGACCUGGCAUUGGAAGCGUACGAUCGUGCAGUGGGAGCCAUCAGACGCAGUGCUUCUCCAUCUCCAGAACGACGAAAGAAACAGAAGAAGAACUAG